GGCACAUGGAGCUGGCUCAGGGGAUGCUGCCAGGUCUCUGAGGUAUCUAGAGAAAAUCCUGUGUUUCCAGAUAAGGAUGUGCUGGAUUUACAGUUGCCUACCAUUGUUAAUGCAUCCUUGUCUGUGUGGUCAUGUGAAGGUUGCUUUCCCAUUGACCAGAGGGAGAUCAGACCCAUGGUUCAUCUGUACACCCUUCUUAGAGCUGCUGAAGAAAAUCAAAAUGGGGUGAUGGCCCCAUAUUCCUUCCUGGACCGUGCUCUUUCUCAAGUGAUGUACCCAAGACGGGCUCCAGACUGGUUUCCCUCUCAAUCCAGCACGCUGCCUGCCUGCAGUGCUUUCCCCUGGAGCAUCCUUGAGCCUGUCCAGAAAAAGAAACCUGCUUGGCUGGGAGAUGGGUGGAGGUGGAUACAGGGAGGUUUUGUGCAGAACCGGGCUGCUGAAGAGCCUUCACCCAUGGGGAGCAAAGUGGGAACAGAGCACGUGGCUCUCCGAGACACGACAGGGAGCAGCGCAUCCGUCCAAGGUCACUGUCCCUUGUGCUGCAAGAGACAAAUUCCCUCCAAGGGCCGUGAGCUCCGGGAUGCUUCCUGCGCGGCCGAAAUGGGCCCCACGAGGACCAUCCUGGUGCUUCCAGCCAAGGAUGCUCUCGGUCCAGGGAUGCUCCCAGCAGAGCAGCGGGGGGAGGCGGCACCGGGGAGGGGACAAGAGCGGGCCCGGCCCCAUUCCCCGCCUCGCUGCCACAAAACGGGAGCCGGGAGCCGGCUCGGCUUCACACUCUCCCCUCCAGCCUUACCGAACCGGAAUAUCCCCCAUUAAACCUCGGACUGAACCCAAGCCGGCACCGAAUCGAGCCGUGCGCGGUCAGGAGGGAUGUAGAG